GGUGCGUUGUGGUUUCGCAUACGGGCGCUCGCUGAGCUCCCAAGCACGCCUCUAAGCGGAGCCCAGUUUCUUCUUUCGUUGAUCGCGUUUUCGGUGUCCCAAACUUGUAGACUCGUGCGAACGCGUGUAUGGUGUGUGUCUGUGUGUGUUUCCGCAUGUUGAACCCACUUGGAAUGAGAGUUCUGACGUAAAGUCGGAGGGAAGCGUGGUGUUUGAGAAGGGGACCCCUCGAACAGCCAACGGAGAAACGGUCGGGGAGAGGAGGGAAAAGAGGGGGAGAGCGUUCUUCGGAAAUUUCGACGGUGUGCUUUCCCAACGUGCGUUUUUUUUUUCUCGCUCGCUAGCGUUUUUGCGCGCCCCUUUCGGGGGGGGGGAAAGAGUUGGGGGGGUGGGAGAGAUCGGAGGAGCCUGAGCGUGGGUUCGGAGGCGUUGGCAAACCAACAAACGGAGCCAAAAAGGACGAGAAACAAAACAAAAACGGGAAAAGGCCUCCUCGCAGAAACAAGCGGGCAACGAGAAAACACAACGAAAAAAAAAACAACACUUUCACCAAAACAAAGGCCGUUCGGCGAGCUUCAAGGCUGGCAUCGUGCGCGAAGUCGCAAGAGGACGGCGAAGGAUCGUCUCCUCCGCGCAAAAAGCAGCGGGUUGCGCCGUCAGUAGUGAUGCAAGCGACGAACGGCUGCUACACUCUGCAAAAUGGAGACGAGACCAGCGCGCCCUCGACCACGACCGCCGAGAAGGCGGUCUCAUCGGCGACCACGACCGCAACAGUCGUCAACAAGAACAUCAUCGCCUCGCGCACCGAGCAGGAUAUCAUCCGCCUCAUCGGUCAACACCUACGAGGGCUCGGACUCAACCGCACAGCAGAACAGCUCAUCCAGGAGUCUGGCUGUGGUCUGGACCAUCCCGCUGCGGCCAAGUUCCAGACGCACGUCCUGGAGGGAGACUGGGCGAAGGCGGAGGCAGAUCUCAGCGAACUGAAGGUACUACUUGAGUCACCUCAAGCAUAUGUGGAGAUGCUGUUCCUAGUGUUGGAGCAGAAGUACCUGGAGUACCUGGAGGAAGGACGGUUACUCGAUGCACUCCAGUGCCUCCGCCAUGGACUCUCGCCCCUCCGUCACAACACGGAAAGAGUCCACGAGCUCUCCAGCUACAUGAUGUGUGGCAGCCCGGAAGAGCUUCGGUCCAUGUCCAACUGGGACGGCAAGACGCACACGUCGCGGCAGAAGCUUAUGGAGAGACUCCAGAGCUUCCUGCCGGCGAACGUGAUGCUCCCUCCGCGGCGGCUGCGGGCGCUGUUGGGCCAGGCGGUGGAGCUUCAGCGGGACCGGUGCACAUACCACAACGAGCCCACGCAGCUCCGCGGCGACCCGUCCUUCAUACUGGACGACAACUGCUCCCUCCUCACUGACCAUGUCUGCUCCCGGGAGCAGUUUCCCUGCCGCACCAUUCAGAUUCUCAAUGACCACUGUGAUGAGGUGUGGUACUGCCGAUUCUCUCAUUCCGGCGAACUUCUCGCUACGGGAUCCAAGGACUCCACUGUCAAGAUCUGGGAAGUCAACCCGGCAACAUUGACCCUGUCCCUGAAGCGAACGUUGGAAGGCCAUCCGUACGGUGCUUCCUACGCCGCCUGGAGUCCCGACGACUCGAUGCUGCUCGUAUGUGGGCCUGAGGAUGGCGCGGAUGUUUGGCUCUGGAACGUCCAGACUGGAGAGCUACGAGUGAAGAUUACGAACCAACCGGAAGACAGCAUCACGUCAUGCGCAUGGCACCGCGACGGAAAGAAGUUUGUCUCGGGCGGCAUCCGCGGACAGUUUUACCAAUGUGACCUGGACGGCAACGUCUUGGACUCAUGGGAAGGCGUUCGGGUACAGGGCCUGCACUGCCGCAAGGACGGGCGCACUGUGCUGGCCGCCGACUCUCACCACCGAAUCCGGGGAUACGUCUUUGAUGAUCUCACCGAUUUCAACGUAGUCCAGGAGGAGCACCCCAUUAUAUCGUUUACGGUCGACGACACGGGGCGGCUUGCUUUGCUCAACCUCUCCACACAGGGUGUGCACAUGUGGGACCUGGACGACAAGGUGCUGAUACGGAAAUUCCAGGGUGUCACGCAGGGUUACUACACCAUCCGGUCAUGCUUCGGCGGUGUGAACCAGACAUUUGUUGCCAGCGGGAGUGAAGACAACAAGGUGUACAUCUAUCACGUCAAGUGGGAGAAGCCAAUUGCCGUGCUGCAGGGCCACUCGCGGUCGGUGAACUGCGUCAGCUGGAACCCAGCAUGCCCGUCAAUGCUGGUCAGCGUCUCGGACGACUGCACCAUCCGCGUCUGGGGCCCCGCAGCUGCCGUGCCCACCAAUGUGCCCAAUGCUUCGCCCAGCUCCCAGUCGGGAGAGAUGGGCGAAGGAUCCCCCUACUCCAACGGCAGCAGCAAUGGUGUCUGUGACGGCGACGGCAACUCGGUCGUCUAGCCCCGCGCUGCCUUUCCUUAUCUUCUAAGGGACUUUAAUCAAUACAUGUUUCAUAGCAUUGUGUGGAGAUGGGAGAAAGAGGAAUGGAAUAUGAAAAAAAAAGAA